AUGGACACGGACGAGGGGAAAUCACCAGGCGGCGCGGCCAUCGCCGAGGACGUCAUGUCGCGGUUCAGCCUCGACGUGAGCGCCGGGUGCGGUGGGCGGCACAGCACGCUGCUCGACGAGUACGAGCGGCUGGCGUUCGAGGCGCAGCUCAACCGGGCCAUCGUCCUGCGCCGGUGCUACUCUGAGCCCAGCCCCGUCCGGCUCUCGGCGGAGCACCAGCAACGCCCACCAGCUGGUGGUGGUGAUGCGCGCGCGCCGCCACCGCCGCCUCGUGGGGCACCCGACCUGCAGGGAGAGGCGGCGCGGCGCGACGGGGGCGGGAGGUUCUGGCGGCUCCACGAGGUGGUGGCCCGGUGGCUCGAGGCGUUGAGGCCGGUGUUCCGAUGGCUGAGGAGCGCGUGGGAGUGCCGGAGGAGGAAGCAGCAGCCUGACGCGGCACGGCGCCCGCCGCCGACGGUGCCGCGGGUGCAGUUGAGGGACUACCUUCGUUAG